AUAUAUACUAAACACGUAGCCAUGGAGCUACAUUGGACUCAGGUUGUAAAAUAUGCAUUAUUCGCAUACGUUCUGCUGGGACUGAUCUCAACAAGUGAAGUUUCCGGCAAACGUUUGCAUGAAAAGAUUUACGAGUCAUUCUUUGGAGGCUCAUGUUUCCGUCGUCUCAACGGUACCCACCAAACUGGAUGUUCCUCUGCCGAAGCUGGCUCUGUUGGAGCAUUGCACUAUGUCGACGAUAAUAAUCAAUUAGAAUUCCUUUUGAACUCACCACCCGCUCCACCGUAUGCUGCCAUUUUAAAAUCCGAUUUCUUUACACGCCAAAAUAUGUUGCGUCUGAAAAAUGAAGGUGGACGCAACAUUACCGCUGUCAUUGUUUUAAAUGCCUUCAAUAACUAUACAGAGGAAACCAUAAGUUUCUCUCACGAAUUGACAUGCCCAAAUCAAUUUAGUGGUAUAUUGAAGCCGAACAGCCAGGAGACCGCCACUUGCUCCGCCUUACGUCCCGAAGAAACAUGGAAUCCUUGGGGCACUGGACUACUACAUGAAGAUUUCCCCUUUCCCAUUAUAAUUAUACCAGAUAAUGAGACCGUAGUUCGGCUUAUUGACUGCUACAAGAAAUUCAAUAGUUUCGAUUUUGAACAACAGCACUUGCGUAGCCUUUGUGCGGUGGAAAUUAAAAGUUUUAUGAGUGCUGCUGUUAGUACAGAAGUUUGUUGGCGUCGUUCGAAUUUUAUUAAUAAUUUGGCUCAAACUAGAUAUUGUGAUCCUUUGGAGGGUAAAAAUAUCUACGCGACCUUAUUUCCGCGAAAAAUUGUCGAUGUCCAGGAAGAAGAUGUAAAGCGUGCGGCUCAGAUAGAUCGUAAUGAAAAAUUCAUAAUGGUGACAACACGAAUGGAUACAACUGGCAUGUUUGAAGGUGUCUAUGGUGUUGGUGCAAUGGAUUCCUUAACCGGUUACACCAUACUCGUCAGUGUUGCUCAUACUCUGUCACGUUUGCUCAAGGAUAAACAACAAUUGAGGAAUCCCAAAUUAAAUAUUCUCUUUAUGAUAUUUAACGGUGAAUCGUAUGAUUAUAUUGGUUCGCAGCGUUUUGUCUACGAUUUGGAGAAUUUAUCGUUUCCCAAACCCUCAACCCACACAGCACCCAUUACUUUCGAUAAUAUUGAAUUUAUUUUGGAUUUGGGUACAUUCGAUGAAAUUACCAAUAUUAAGCUGCACACAAUAUUGGAAUUUCCACAGGCCAAAACGUUGCUAAUGAAGUUGCAGAAAUAUGGCAACACUCCCAAAUAUGAUUUCAAUAUAAAUUUCCAGAGUUUUGUGGGCUAUCAAAUGCCACCAACAUCGGCACAAUCGUUUUUAAGGAAAAACAUUUCAUUCCCUGCUGCAAUCUUGAAUGCACCCCCCAAAAAUCGUUUCUAUCAUUCGGUAUAUGAUGAUGGGGCAAAUUUGAAAUAUAAUUAUACCAAUUCAUCGCUGGAUUGGACAAAGUUAAUGGUGAACGGAGAUGCGGGGAAAUAUUUCCAUGCGGAAGAUGUACAAAUGAAAAUACGCAAUGUUUCAGCGGUGGUGGCAAUGUCUUUGUAUGAAAUGUUAACCGGGCAGGAAUACAGUGGUGAGGAGUUACCCAGCCCAAUAUUAAUCGAUGAGAUUUUGUAUUGUUUUAUAAAGUCGCAAAAUUGUCCGCUGUUCUUUGCUGCCUCAAAGCCGAAUAGUUUUUCGAAGUUGCCUUUGAUUGCACCAAAUCGCUAUAUAAGUGUAAAUCGAGAUAGCCAGGAGGCCACCAUAUGGACUUAUCGCAUAAUGGGUUAUUUGCUCUCACAAAAAAUACCCAAUGCCAGCCAGGAAAAUUGUACCCAAUUGCCAAAAUAUUGGUUUGCUGGCUAUAGCAAACAGGGAGAGUGUGGCCUGACCACACAAAACUUUUCAUUAGCCUUAAGUCCUGCAUUUAUCAUAGAAAAUUACAAUUGGAGUUCUGGUGAAUAUUCCACAUGGACUGAAUCAACAUGGAGCUCGUUGAGUUCACGACUAUUUUUGCGUCCGUCCCGUACCCAUGAAAUUGUUACACUAAGCACCGGCGUUUUGGUAUUUUUCAUUUCGUUCUGUCUGAUUUAUAUUAUCAGUACACGUUCAGAAGUACUAUUUGAAGAUCCUGGACCAAGUGCCAGCACCGAUGCGUUAAACCCACCAACAGCUUGUUAA